AUGGCAGCGGCGGGGGCAUCGCGAAAGCUCAUCGAGGCGCCUGGCCUCGCGGCGGCGGAGGCGGCAGUGGGCCUCGGUUUCGGCCCUGGGUCAGCUGACGACGACGCGGUCCCGUGGGACGUCAUCGAGCAGAAGCUCGCCGAGCUCCUCCGCUUCCUGGCGUCCGCGGUCCAGGCGGUCGUGGCCGCGCUCCGGGAGCACACGGCUUCGCUCUUCGCCGCGCUGGGCUCGCUGGUGCGGGUCGCCCUCCCUGCCGCGGCGGCUGUGGUGGUGCUCCUCGUCGUGUUCGGGUGCUGCGUGGCGGCGGGGCAGCGACGGCGCAGAGGACCGGAUGGGGAGGAGGUGGACGGCCUCGGCGGCGACGUCGACGGACCGGUGGUGAGGUACCGCGGCGUGUACAAGGGAGGGAUCUUCAGCAUGCACCCCAACAAGCCUAUCGUGUGCUAG